CAGCGAAGAAAGCAAAAAAGUGCGUCUCAAGUCUCAGGUGCUGGAUCUUGAUUCUUGAGUUGGUGCAGUGGUUUCGCCAGGCUUUGGGGCUCAUCUCAGGGCCAGCACGCGGGGGACGAUGUAUCAACCGAUCCUGCACCAAGCGAUCCAAUCGCUGCAGACGCUGAGCUCCGAGGAGCUGCGAAGUCUUCUGGACGAUGACGACAAGCUAGACGAGCGGGUUAACGAAGCGGUACAAUCAAUGGAAGCAUCGAAGGAAUUGGUGCUUAGCGAAAACCGUAGUCUGGCCGAAGCGAAUUUAAGCCACGAACCAAAGAUGAUCGAGCUGCGCUCUCGAGUACAAGAGCUCUCGGAGGAGGGCCGGAAUUUGGGUGCUUCGGUGAAUGAGAAAGUGAACGAGCUCAAAUCAAAAUCGAACAAGACGAACCCGGAAACGCUACUCGCACUGCUACAGACUGCCGCAGCGGAAACCGAAGAAGAGACGGAACAGCUUGUGAAACAGUUUCUCGACAGCGAGUUUACGGUGGACGUUUUUCUGGAGAAGUUUAUGGGACUCCGUAAGCUGAUGCACUCUAGGAAGGUGAAGGCAGAAAAGAUGACUGAAUUGCUGCAACGUCGGACAACGGCCGUAAACAGCCGUGUCCCUCCUACUGGGCCUUCACCAUAUGUUCAGCCAUUUACCGGAUCUCCGUUCUCGUCGCCGCUUCAGCGCAACAGCGGUCCCUCUUCUUCAACGUUUUAUCUGCCUCCACCGACUAUGGCGGGCCCAUCGGGGGGUGCCGUCCCUUAUCCGGUUGGUCUACCACCGAUGCCGAUGCCAAUGUUCCGACCUCCUGGAAACUAUUGAUACAAUACUCUGCUGUGCCACCGUUGGCUUACUUGGCGUGCACGUGGCUUGAUUCUUCAUGGGAUGAUCGGUUUAAUGGACUGUUUGAAACGCUUCACACAAGGUAAAGAGAUAGGAUCUACAAACACUGUGCCCGCCUGCAUUUCGCUGGCAUGAUCUGUUAAGUUAGGAACGAUAAAAUGAUGUGUAUGCGAUACAGCGAACGAGCGGGAGUCGUACGAUGGUUGGUUGGUGCAAAGAAUUUAAUGCGACAAGAAACGAUUUGAUUACGCGAAUGAAGUAAAGAUUUAAGUUUAACGCUUUUAACCUGUUUCCGUUGGAAGGCAGCUGUGGCUAGAACGAGUCGAUGAACAGCUCAGGAAUACAUUGAUUGCGUGAGGCACAAGCUACAGAUUUGAACUAGAAUAGUUUGGAAAAUUAAAAUAAAGCAUAUUAGCCCCACGGCGAACGA